AGUUUUGUUAAAAUAGUCUGAGCUUUUGCAGUCAAAGCCGACCCGCCGUACUUCCGGACUAGCUGUUGCUCCCUGGCUGGUUUGAGGCUUGACGCACCUCUCACCGCACCGCCCCCACCGCUCCAGCUGUUCUCACCGCUGUCCGCUGCUGCUGUUACACCGCUGCUCGCCGCUGCUGCUGCCGCCGCCGCCGCCAGCCCUCAUUUCCAAGGCAGCAGCGACCAUGACAGGCAUCGCAGCUGCUUCUUUCUUUUCAAACGCUUGCAAGUUCGGGGGCUGCGGACUUCACUUCGACUCUCUGGCCGAGCUCAUCGUGCACAUCGAGGAUAACCACAUCGGUAAGAGCCGAGAAGUCAUGAGCGCCGCCGCAGCUAGCAAUGGCCGAGGUUUGCAGCCAGCAGGAGUGGCUACGUUAGCAAGCUAGCAAGUUACUUCCUGCGUCUUGACAACCCUGUUGCUAGGUGUGGUGGCUGUUGAUGUUACUUUACUGAGAAUACAAUCCCUCUACUCCACCUGAAAUUCUCUAACGACGCUUUAUCAUAUAAAAUACCGCGUUGCUACCCGCGGGGCCACACCGACACACCGACAGGAAGACUUUCUUGACGCUCCACUGGGUCGCUGUGAAUCAAUGUUUGUAGUGUGAGGCCCACACGCAGCGCUGCCUCGGAAGCCCGUGAGCCAAUGAAGGCACACUGCUCGAAAACAGCCAGCUUCAAUUCACACGAUAACAAAGUUUAGUAUACCACUGACAGCGGAUACACUGUUUAACAUGCCAAUGUCUUAAACAUUUCAUUUAUUUUAAAGCGUCAAAAGUUUCAAAUCAGUUUUGAAAUGAAGGAAAAGCUUUUCACUGUGCUUGGUUUCAGUCAAUCAGUCCAGUUGUGAGGUUUUUGGCUUUGACAUGGUUGGUACAUAGCAUUUUGUUAAUCUGUCUGAAUUAUUUAUGACUGUGUCGGUGUCAUUUUUGAGGUGAUUUACUGCCAGUAGACAAAAAUAGACAGAGAUAUAGAAAAAUAACAAAAAGGGAAACCUAUUUUUAAAAUCAAAUAAUUUCAUGGAUUAAAUUUCAUUUAACAGAUGGUAGUCAUUAUAAAAAUGUUUUCUUAUUGAUGUUAUAUUGAUAUGUUUUGACAGAUUAUAUUAUCUUUAAGACAUUUUUUAACUAAUAACAUAAAAGUUAUACAAAAAUAGCCAGACUCAAAUCCUGUGGUAUCCUGUGGUAAUUUAAAAUAAUGUUAGAUGCAUUCUUAAAAAACAUGAUAAAAGCUGUAGAGCACACAAAGUGAUGAUAGCCAGUUAAAUAUACUACCCUCCUUUCUGUAUAUAAAAUCCUACCACUAUUAGCUAGCGCCACCUCUGGUUAAGAUAGGGUAACACAAUAACACAGUAAGGGCUUCCUGUUGGUAUAAGUCAAAAACACAUAUUUAACCCACUAUAAAUUGAAGUAUCCGGUAUUAGCAGUUAUGGAUAAAUCAAGAUGGGUUAAUAUGUGAGAAAAUUGUGUCAGAGUUUCAGAAAAACAUUUUUAAAGCAGCUUUAUGUUUACUGUCAAAGGCUUUCUUAGACUUUAUUCCCUUUAUUACUAUGGUAAAGGCCAAAGAGAUUCAUUUAUCACUUCAUAUUUGUUGUCUGCUUUAGUCCCAUUUACUUUAAUGUUAUGUCCAUGUAUUCUACUGAAGUACAUAAACCCAUAUUUUGAAAGGUAGCUGCUAAGGCUUAUCCUAUAUGCAUUGAACAUACAUACAAUGUAACAUUUUGCUGAAGCAUGAAUAUGUUUUAUUAAGUUGUAAUCCAAAAGGAGGCCACACCCCUUCCUUGUUUGACACUCUGUUAGCUCCUCCAUCUGUUUCCUAAUCUAAUAUUUCAGACUCUUGUGAUUGAAGCUGACAAGGCCCAGCUGUCUCUGUUGUUCUUGUUUGUUGCUUGACUGGCUUUAAUAUCCUCUGCCCUCUGAUUGUGUGCUGUGCAUGUGUCCAAGGUGUGAGCUUAGGGAAAAAAAUGCCUCUGAAUGACUUAUUGGGGAAUAAUGAGGCAAUUAGUUGGCUGAGAGUGGAAAAACUUUGUUGCCCCCCUCCUUUGUCCGCUGGCCGGUGCCCACUCUGAGAAGUGCGAAAUCUUGCGCGUUGUGCCAAGUGCCUGUGAAGCAUAAUUACAGACAGAGUGCUUGAUUUGGCCUGUCUUCCUCCUCAUCUGGUGGCCUGCUGCUUAAAGUACAUUCUCCAUUAUAAUUAGGCGCCUGGAAAACAAGCGCACAUUUUUGUCCUUGUUUCCCCACCCGGUCCGUGGGCUUGGUUUGUGGACAACAGGUGGCGCUGCUCUGCUGUUGGUGGAUAAAGCUGUCUUGAGGGGCUUGGUCUACACAGUAAAGGCUUAUGGUAUAUGUCAUUGGCCAAAUGUUUCUUGGCUCAUUUAACAGCACAUUGUUUUGUGUCAUAAUAAACAUCUCAAAGGGCCACACUAGUAUGAAUGUAAAACAUGUAAAAAUUUCAGUUUGAAUAAAACAUUCAAUAGUUCCUAAAAUUAAAAAAGGAAAACAAAACAAAACAAUAACCAUCCCACUUUGACUUUUCUGAGCAAUUGAGCCAAACUAUGAGAAUUGAGAUUUAAGAGAGAAACACUAUCAACUUUUCAGACACUGUCCAUGGCUCAUUUUGUUCCAAAUGAAAAAAAAAAACAUGCUACUCACUGGAGUGUGUACUCUGUCACUGAGCGACAAGGCUGCUGUGACAUAGAAGCAAACAGCAACCAUGUUAUUCAGACCUGUUAGUGUGUGUUUAUAUGUACUUCCAGGGUCUGAAGCACACAGGCUGACAAUAUGUGUGUUUGUUGCCAAAUCUUACUGAAGGCUCAUUUAGUACAUUUUUGUAUGAACCCCAUGCACAACCUGCCCGGAAGUAAUAAAUUUGGGGAGCAGUAAUUAGUUCCCCGAUCUGUGCACCUGGUGGGCCUAAUUCCACCUCACCAUCCCCCCGACACUGCAGCUCCUGUUCCUGUGUGGUGACUGCCACAUGAGGGGCUGCUGUACUUGUUGAAACCUUCCCCAUAGGAGAUAAUGUAAAGCUUGUGCGGCCAAACACAUCAUUGAGGUUAUAGUUUUAUGCAGAUCAAAAGCCAUUUUCUGCUUUAUUUUAGAAGAUUAUGUUCAGUUCUUAUUUAGAAAUGUUGAACAUGAGUUUUUCAGUCGAAAAAGUCCUUCAUUUUUUCAAUAAAUGGAUGCUUUCUGUGUAUUAUUAUGCAAUGCAAACCAUGCUUGAUUUCAUUUAAAAUAUAUCUCACAAGUCUUAUGACCAUGUGCACAAGCCUAAGAGCAUCUGGGCAACAUUAUUAAUUGAACUGUAUCAGGGAUCAUAACCUUGGUCUGCUCAGGAUUAAAGACACAUGACUCCAUGCUCUGACCGCUGACAGGUUUAUUUAGUUGUCUGUUGAAAAUGUUUCAGAAGAUAUAUAAUGUUAUUUAAAUCACAGUAGAUUACAAAGUAUUAAUGUUUAUUAACAAACAACGCUUUUCUGCUUCGCUUGCAUAUCAGUCCUCUUCUCCACACACACACACACACACACACACACACACUCAGCCUGCACAUCUUACAGUGGUGGCUGUCAAAGAUGUAGCAACUCAGUGAUACAAAAGUAAAAGUUCAGGAAAAACAUCAGCAGUCUGAGAGCAGAAGGAUCAGGUGUGUGUUAGUAACGUAGAGGAGACAGACUGAGCAUGGUAAAUGAAUCUGCCUCACUAAUGAGGGUUAAAAAGCUCAUGACUGCAUGGCUAAACAGUGUGGACCAAUAGGUUUGUAUUAUUAAAAAUCUAAACACAAAUAUAAACACAAAAUUAUGAGCCAAAGUCUUCCAGUUUUGAAAAUGAAGGCCAAAAGACUGUAUAAAACUUAAUGUCUUCAACUGUAGAUCAUCAAAGUCCCUGUAAAAGUAAAGCUUUGAUGCUGCAGUACUUUGCCCCUGCCAGUGUUUUACUACUGUAUAUCACAUUGCUGAAUAAACACACUUGAUGUAUCACUGAAAAAAAUUGAAGACCAUGAUAGUUUAGAAUUUUAAACCUGUAAUAUUGAACCAGUUGUUAGUGGUCAGACCAGCAUUGGCAAGUUGUGAGUUGUAGAAAACGUCCCUGUCAUAAUAGUGAUGAAUAAUCUCAACCUUAAUCCUGAUUUUAGAAAAAAAGAGCAGGGUUAUCAUUACAGCUGUGACCAUUUAGUCCGAGCUAACCCAUCCCAAUUCAGUUUAAGUGCAGUGGAUUGAAACUAGAGAUGCACAAAUGUACCCACUGAAAAUUGGUAUCAGCUGACUUUGAUAUUAUUCACAAAUAUUAUCUGUCUGUCUGCAAACAGAGUGCCAUGAUUUGUUAUCUUUUGUAUCACACCAAUAAUGCUGGUCAGCCAGUACAUCUUACUGCACACCAGGCAGAAGAAGUCCCCUGAUGGACUGAUCCUGAUUUGCUGUCAUGGUGUUGGUGGUUCGAGAGAAUUACAUGAUCUUAGAAAGAUAAGCAAAAUGCAGUUUUGAGGACAUGUUUCACUUACAUUUAUAGAUGAGAAACUACAAGCAACAACUAAUAUUGGUCUCGUAAGUGGUUUAAAAAAACAGGCAAAGAAUUACAAAAUGGUAAAAAAGAAAACAUCAGAAUUGAAUAUCGUCAAAAUUGUUCUUUUGAAUAUUGACACCAGAGUCACCCUGACGUCCCCAAAGGGUGCAUCCUUAAUUUAACCAAGUUUAGAAGCGUCGCUUGUGGGCUAUAAGAGUUUUGGCACUGAAUGUAGCUGCAGUUUAAACCUUGAUGGGAUCAUAUCAAAGAUGGUAAAUACUGUAUCAAGUCAUAAAACAUAAAAACAAAAUUGAUAAUGUAGAUUUUUUACAUUUUACAAUAAACCGAGAGCAGAAAUGUGAGACUAAUCUCAGAUAUGCGUGUACACAUUUUAGUUGCUGUCGGAUUUCGAUAUAUUUAUAAAACACCACUUUAGCCUCCUUUUGUUUUUUCACUAACCCACAAAGGCAGCUUACACAUGGAGCUUGACUCUGUUUCAUUUCCUCCUCAGAGGUCACAUCAUAAUGAAUUACCUGUGCCACCACUCCUGGUAAUGUCCCCUGCUGCUCACAGCCGCCAUAAACAUGUCACCAUAAUGCUCAGCACUCUGCUCUACCCCACAGUGCAUUUGGCCGUGAGGCUGGAUAGAGAGCCAGACGAUGGUGGAAAUGAGAGAGGAGGCUGUGCGUCUGGUGUGUGUGCAUGCGUGUGUGAGUUAGAGGGUCGUGGAGGGCACUCAGAAAGGGCAGUAGGCGUCACUUCCCCCAUUGCCUAAGGAAGGGUUGUUGUGUGAUCGUCCCUUGGUUUCCUGUUGCGGGUUGUCAGGGGCCCUAAUGAGAGCAUACAUGGCAUCAUGUUUUUUUGCACUCAUACACAGCAGCCACUGACUCAGUCAUUGUCCCACUCAGAUGUUGCUAUCAGUGCUUCAUGUAGAAAGUGAAAUAAGUGACACAUCAAAGAAAUUAUAUGCAAAGUUUUAGGGGAACUAAAUGUUUAGCCAAGAGUUGGUUGCACUUUCAUUUAUGUUUUAUCGCAUUUACUCAGACGACUUAUUUGACAGCUAAGCAGCUGAGUAUUUUAUUUAAGUGCAGAUCGAGAUGACAUUCUUUGCUGGUCAAUGUUUUAAACCCCUUCUGUUUUGCUUCUCUGCGUCUCACUUAUCCAACACCUGACUUUUCAUUUUGUACAUAAUCUGUCACUGUGUCUUAAAGGAAGUGAUUGUUUGCUCAGGAACAAGUGAUGGUGAGUAAAUUCCCUUCUUUGUUUCCCAGAAGGCCUCUAACAGUUGCCACCAAGGUGGACCACCUGUGUAGUUUGAUUAGAGAGGUUCUCAUCUCUACAUGAGGCGCCUUCAUCCCAGUUCUUGCCUGUUGGUGGCCCCCAAAAGAACAGCAGAGUCUGCGGGGGUCUGGCCCCUGCAGGCCCCCCCUCUCCCCGGUCCCCACCUGAAGUGUGUGUGAUUUACAGCGUGUGGGAAUAGAUUGAUCCGCUGCUGUGGGAGCAGUCUGUGAGCAGGCUGCCAUGCUGCUCUUUGAGGCUCAUUAGGGAUCUUGGGAGGGGUUUGGUGUGUACUCACGCACACACAUACCAACACACAGCGCUCAGAAUAGUCUCUGCACUGCCUCUGGCUUCAGGCAGGGGAAUAGUGCUGUUAUAAAUGUGUCUUUCCUACUUGGUGUUUCCAUGAGUUUGGCUGAAGUGUAAAGAGAGGUGUGCUGUCCCUCUCACUGGGGAUAGAUCCACUGUUAAUGAAACACUUGCCUGAGACUCAGGCCCUAAGAGAAAAUUCCUGAGCUUCUGGUGCUGAGGGUCAAGAUGUUUUUUCAGCCUACCUGCCACUGACAUACAAUUCUGACACUUUUUUCUUUGUCAACCUACCUGCCUGGGUUAGAAGAUACAGGGUGUCUAUAAUCACCCUUGUCCUACUGUUUUCAGACGGCUGACUACUAUUAGACCCUCUGUGUCUUAUGUGCACUGAGAUUGGUUUGAGUUUAACUUUACUGGUCAAUAUAAACUUUCACCUUCUUCAUGACAGAGAGCUCAACCAGGACCUUAUCAUUACAAAACAGAGUGCAGCUUUCACUCUUCUUUGUCUGUGUGUACACAUAGUUCUGUGCUUUAAAGUCCCAUUCGGAUCGCCUUUUUUUUUCUACUUAAACUAUUCUCAGUGGUCUUUAAAAGUUUUCACCAAAAAUCGUGUUACCUGUGUCAUUUAUAAGGGCUUUUCGUCUGCAGAGCUCCAGUAGCUCAUUAGCAAUUCGCCUCUGAGUGGCGGGCAGAGACAGUGCUGCUCUGCACACUCGUCUUCACGUUAGCUUGCAGCCUAAAAUUGUCGGUGUAGUAGAAGUGGCAGGUAACAUAAGAGCUAUUCAGCUCUUCAGCUCACGAUAAAAGCUAAUAUAAUUAGCUUUCUUACAAGCAUUGCAAUUUGCUAAUGCACACACUUGCUCUGUGAUUGUCCUCUGUAUUUCUCCUCUAUAUGCAGAGUGUGGCCUGCAUAGCGGGGCUCCGGGGGCGGAGCUUGGAUUGGUUACGUAUGAAAUCUCAAAGUUUCUGAACCUGCCAUUUGGGCCAGUCAGAGAUUCACAGUGAAUUGAAUGAAGAAAUACUCAGAAAAGCAAUUUCGCACUUAGUUUUCUCAUGAUUUGUCAUGCAGCAUCAGAAAAAUGCCAUGUGAACAUAUAAAAAAACAAGAAAAACAUCGGAGUGGGUCUUUAAAUCUCCACCACACUUUUAGGUAUCUCUACAUUGCAGUCGGUGUAGAUCUCUUGUCAUUGCCUCAUGACUGGACAGGUGGGUGUGUUUUUAAUAAACAUCACUUUGAGAAUACUUGUACAAACUCAAAAUGCAUGCUCAUUAUACAGUAACAACCAGGCGAGGCAUAGACACUGAGGUGAUAUUAAAACGACACGUAGGAACACAAAAGUUAAUAAAUAUCAAAUGUUAAAUGGAUAUACUGUAUUCUGAUAUCGGGGACCAUACUUAUCAAAGCUUUUUCCAGGAUGGUCCACCUGAGGGAGAUGAAAAUGGUUUUAAGCUCUCCCACCCAUUACCAUAUAGAUAGACAAUACUCGCUCUGAAACACAUCGACUGCUAACAAAGUCCUGCAUUUGAGGCAUAACCUGCAACAAGUAAACAACCUGAACAUCAAUGCUAAAUUUACUGAAGAAGGAUUUACAUGUGAUCCCGCAACACGUAGUUCCAAUGUUGGGUGGCAACUGUUGGCGGGGAUGGAUAUAACCAGAGACUCAUAAUUUUUCUGCUUUCAGUGAUUCUGCCUUAGGUUUAGUCAGCAGUGCAAGCUGUGCUGAGAUAAACCAAGCACGAGGAGCAAUUUUUGAUGCCUGUUUUUCUCUUCGUGAUUAAUGUGUAUCAGAUGCAUCUCAGUUGUUAUCCCCACUAAGUGAAAAUGCCUCAUGCUGUUCCCAAAACACUGCCAAAAAUAAUUUCCCCUUUGGUCAGGGGUAUUUUAGUUCAAUACAAAUUAACUGAAGAGCCUGUUUUUUUUUUUACUUUGACAAAACUUUUUUUAAUUGCUAUAGCUGAGAAGAAAUCUGUUUGUAGGUGUUUGGUUCCGGUCUAACAAACAAACAGGAGUGUAAGGCCAUGUAAACCUGCUUUAGGUUGGCUGUAAACGAGAAUGACUCAGGCUUUUAUGACAGCCUGUCAUAGGUGUUGCUUACCCCUUUAAGCAGAAAUUCUUUAAUUACACUAUUUCCAUAUGUUUUGUAUCAUUGCCCCAGUCAUUGUGAAACUUUGUCAACAACAAGGACCGGGCUGUUUUCUCUUAUUUAACUUGCUGAGUAAGCAGAUUCAUUUAAUACUGCCUGUAGUCGUUGUGCCUUACCAAAGCACAUUUACAAUUUGAAUGCUACAAACAGCCUUAGGUGUUUGUGUUGUGUUGUGCCUAAAUGAGCUUGUGGAUGGAAACAAGCAUUAGUUUUAACCACAUGGGGGUAGCAGCCCUUCACAGCUCUGUCAGAGGCAGACAGGGAGGCUCAGCUGGGAAGUGGUCGACACUGUUGUUUUAUGGGGCAUCUCUCUUCUCCCACAUGGAUGGCAGAAAGAAGAGCGUUUGAAGUCAGGCCCGCUUCACCUCAGGGUGUGGAGAUUGGCUAUUGUUGUACAUUUAGCACCGCUCAGCGAGAUGAAUGUCUGGAGCGCAGCAUGGGGAAACACAGUAUGUGUCAAGUGUGGUCAUGUAUGAGCAAUGCGGUGUCUGCUGUGCAGAUUUACAAAGAAGGCCCUGGAAGUCCUCAAGAGGAGGCACUGGAGAUUUUACUUUGUCUUUGUGUAUUUUCAACAAAAACAUUACUAUAGUAGAAAAUGUUUGCAGUGUAAAGAGAAUUCAGCUCAUAUAACAAUCUAUAACCACUGGAAGAAAAGAAAUCAUGAAACCAGCAGCAGCUUGAACACUGUUAAGCUUUUCCAGAAACACUAAACUGACUGCAGCCCAUACAAUGGUACAUGACAACAUCUUUAAAUUGUAUAUAUGAAUUACAGAAUACCAUAGAUUUGGUGAAAUCCCCCCAAAAGCUUUUUUAACCUUAAAGUCAAACGAGCUUUCAUGCUUUUAGAAGGACCAACUCUUAAUGCCUACACCUGAUGUUUACCCAGUUCAGUCUGCCACUGCUUGCUAAUCAGGGACACUGACGGGGGAUCAUUUCGGAGGCAGGAGUGUACAUGUGUAAUCUUCCAUGAAAUUCAGAAGAUACAGAAACAGUUAAAUCCUCAUAGUGAAGAGAACGACCACUUAUGGGAUCAAUUAUAGACUGAUUGAUCUGCAUAAGGAUGUGAUCUGACAGGACUGACAGUCUUACUGACAAAGUCAAUAACAAUGAAAAGUAUCAGUGGUCAUGGUGCAGAAAGGGAUUUUUUCUAUUGUCUGUCCCAACCACUAAAAGCCAGACUCUAACAUUACUUUUGCUUACAAAGAUAAGAUGAAUUAUAUGCAAUUAAAAUAAAGAAAUUUAUUGCUCCCCAUAUGAAAUCUAUUAAGUACCCUAUCCUUGCACGUUUGCUCAGUAUUCGUGUUGUGCAAGGACUUUUCUACCACUGCAGAGACCUUGUUUCAUUCGCUUCCAGCUUGGCAACAACCUUCAUUGAAAACAGAUUAUUUUAGAGGUCAGUAAAGGAUCUUUGGCCCUGCACUGGUACCCUCUGGUUUGUCAAGAUGCAGAUCCAACCAGUGAUGCAAAGACUCCAGGGACCAAAGGGGCAGCUGGGCAUCACAGGUUGAAAAAAAUUGCAAAAUAUUAUGUCUCAUUAUGACUUCGUAUAACAAUGUUUACAUUUUUGUAAAGCUAUGAAAUUAGCUAUUGUUUUUUGGGGGGGUAAUGUUAUGUAUCCAAUUGUUGCACUGUGCGUCUCUGUCUCCUGCUCAGACACAGAUCCUCGUCUGCUGGAGAAGCAGGAGCAGCAGCAGCCGACGUACAUCGCUCUCAGUUAUAUUAACAGGUAAAGAAAUGCAACCAUUAUAGAGAGUGAAAGUGAUUGAGCUCAAUGACAAGUAAAUCUUCCUCUUAAAUUUAAAGUGACAACAACAUUGUUGCUGUUAGUCUUUUGCUCUGUGAAGGAUUGUCUUCUGAAGUCCUCUCCAUCACGGUGUCUUUCCAGCAUGCACUUAAGAGAGCUUUUACCGCAGAGGUUCUACCAGUAUCUCAAAUGUCAGCUGGUGGAUUGCUUCGAUAAACUGCCUUUGUAUUUGCUGGUUUUGUUUUAUUGCUGAAGGUUCAUCCAAGUCGUCUUUGAUAUGGUGCUGAAACUGUGAAGCAACAAGCAAGGGCUCAAGAAGCCGGCUUCUGUCUCUCUCUGCCUUCACAAACACAUCUUGAUGGAGUCAUAGCUUAAUUUGUUAAUUCCAUUUUAAUCAUGUCCAUGUAAACAUCUGAUUUUAUGAUUCACAUUUACCACAACUUUACUGUUUGUUAUAAACUCUGCUGUUUUUUUUGAUGUGAGUGGAGCUAGCAGUUCUCAUUUUUCCAAGCACAUUUUUCACAGUAGCGUACCUUCAAAUGCAGAGCUUCUGUGAGCAUUAGUGCAAACCCACAGGAGGAAGUUAUCCACUAUUUAUGUAAUUAAUUAAAAUACACUUUUGAUGUAACUUUCAUGUAAAGAUGACAAAGCCUGACCAGUCUGAUAUCCCCCGUUACCAGGUUCAUGACAGAUGCUGCACGACGUGAACACGAGGCUCUGAGGAAGAAGGUGCAGCCCAAGUUGUCUCUGUCUCUGACAGGCAGUCUGUCUCGCAGCAGUGUUUCCACCCCGACUCGUCACACCAGUGGGAACCUCACCCCUCCAGUGACCCCACCCAUUACCCCUUCCUCCUCCUUUCGCAGCAGUACGCCCACAGGUACAUCACCAUCAUGUAGAGACUCACUUCUCUGGUUUGAUGUCCAGUCAGUGUUUACUUACUUAGGCAAAGAGUGUGAGUCUUCCUUAGAACGAUUUUGAAGCUGCUUCCUUAUUCUUCUACCUUUUAUUUAAAUAUUCCAACUCCUGUUGAAAAUUACACCUCUAAGACAGUUGCUCCAUCUGGAUGCAUGUUGUUACGUAUUAUGUAAUGACUGGAUUUCCUCCGGGAUUAAAAAAAAUGGUUCUGAUUACCUAAUUUAUUGAAAUAUUUUGCUUUUGAACAGCUUUGCUCCCAGUGCACCUGCAUGAAAACAUUUUUCUGUUAGCAGGACAUCUAAUUAAACAAGUUUUUGAUAUAGCUCAUUUUAAAAUCAUAGAGACUGAGCAUCUUUCAUAUAGUGCUGCUGAUUUGCCUUAUUUACCACUGGGUACAUUACACAACCAAAAUAAGUUGGGGAUUUUUGUAAUCUUUUCCCAUGUGCUCUGACUUCUUUUCUAACAUUUGCAUUCUGAGUUCUGUCUCCUUUCUCGCUCUUGUGGUUCGUAACUCUUCUUGGAAUUACAUCUUUAACUAAUCUAUAAACGAUUGUUUAUUAUUGGCCACCAGACCUUAAUAAAAUGCAUAAAUUCUUUCCCACAGCUGACAUAUUUCAGUCUUUCCUGUAAUUUGCUGAAUGCUGUUCAUGAAGAGGAGAUGAUGGGAACCAAAGAGCAUGUCAAGAACGGCCCUAAUUUGUCUGCCUGAAGGCACAAAGGCCCGGACAUUAGUCACCAAGUAGAGGAGAAAGUAAAAUGGGAAUAAUUGUAUGUUGGUGGUGAUGCCUUGAGUCAGUUCGUUUUUGUCUUUUUCCCUGCCACAGGUAGCGAGUGUGAUGAGGAGGAGGUAGACUUUGAGGAGUCGGACAGUGAUGAGUCGUGGACCACAGAGAGCGCCAUCAGCUCUGAGUCUAUUCUCAGCUCCAUGUGCAUGAACGGGGGAGACGAGAAGCCUUUUGCCUGCCCUGUACCAGGCUGUAAAAAGAGAUACAAGGUAGGAGAGGACAAACGGUAGAUUCAGUAUAGUAUGGUGUAAAACAUGGGAUUUUUUUUUCUACACUCAAAUAGGAAUGUAAAAUCAAAAUGGAGUCCCUGCUGUUGACAACGGAAAAUUCUCCCUUGAGUUGAGCAUUACAGCAUGUCAACAUAGAUGCAUACAUCCAGUCCAUUCCAGUGAUGUGGAGUUUUACAGGAUUUUCCGUUCACAUCUGGUGUGUGUGGUUGGGAUAAAUUAUGUGCAGCUUGAGAAAAUUGCAUCGCUGACGUGAAUGACAGGGUUAUGGGCGAUGACUUAGUCUGAGGCAGCAGGCAGCAUUAGGCAUCUGUUCAGCGGCAGAACAAGACAGAUUUGUAACAUGAACACAUUUGAGUCCCCUACCAUGAUCUACAAACAACCUCUUUAGGUAUAUUUGCUUUGUUAUUGAUGUGUCCUUGUGUUAGCGUCAUUAUAUGUAAGAGGUAGAUGUGAAAAAACUCAGUAAAAGAUGAUUGGAUGUUACAUUUUUUUGUCUUUAUUACAGAAUGUGAAUGGGAUCAAGUAUCACGCCAAAAACGGCCAUCGAACCCAGAUAAGGGUACGCAAACCCUUCAAGUGCCGCUGUGGGAAAAGCUACAAAACAUCUCAGGGUCUCCGCCACCACACCAUCAACUUCCACCCGCCCAUCUCUACUGACCUUAUUAGGAAGAUGCAGCAGUAGAGACUGAGUGGGUGACCGGCGUUCUUCUUCUUCUUCUUCUUCUUCUUCUUCUUCUUCUUCUUCUUCUUCUUCUUCUUCAGGAAACUCCCCGACCAUCUGAUCUCCACCAUCACCAGCAACGGCUGUUUUCUCAUUCCUACUUCCCUCACCCUGAAACUCUUUCUCUUUCUUAAACCACUUUGUUAAGACACUAUUUUUGAUUGCAUGUUGUAAAUGUAUUAUUACUAUUAUUCAUUCUUUGUUUUAUUAAGAAUGUUAAAUUGUUGUGUUCUCCACAGUUUUGUAUUUUGCACAUUCAAGCUAUCAUUUAUGUGAUUUCUGUUGGUUCAUGCUGCUCACUGAUGAUGAGAGCAUGUUUUAUGACAGAAGUGGCCUCAUCGAGUCACAAGCAGCCUUGCAUGUACAGCAGGGUGUCCUGCUUCAAAGGCAGUAUGAAACAAAGGACUGAUUUUUUUUAAUGUAUUUAUUUUAUUUGUUUUAAAAGAAGGGCACAGUUAGUUGCCUCUGACUCAUCUUUUUAUACUGCAGGAGCAAAAAUCUGAAUGUCUACAAGGUAUAACAUAAGAAAUACAAGUUGGUAAUUUAAGUUCCCUUUUCAGUUCUCAUCUUCUGACAUUUACUUUCAUAUCACAGUUUUUGUUUCUCCUUCGUUUGAUCUGUUUUACUGCCUAUGUUUGUGUGAGCACCAAAGGAUGAUCUCAGGUGACAUUUGCAAAAGUAUUUCAGCUCCACAAACCUGCCCCAACUGUUUUGGUCAUGUUUCUGCAAGAUUGUGGAAACUGUCCAUCAUUGCUUUUGUUUUUUCUAGAAACGUUUCAGACUAUUUCAGAUGUUUCCCUCUUUAUUUUACCAUGAGGGAUUGAAGCACUUUUUGUGACUAGUUGCCAACAAUAUAGCAUUUCUUCGCCAAGAUCUUGUUUUUGGUGUAUGUACAGUGACUACCAAAACAAGGGUGACGGCCCACAGUGCAGAGGUUUGACAUGCACCCAGGGAUUGUGUAGACCAAACCUCCGGUGUGUGCAGUAUUUUAAGAUUUCUUUUAUGUACAGUAGAUGCCUUCAUUUGUAAAUCAUUCCAAUCAUACAGGAUUUUUUAUGGUGUCAUUAUGAAUGUUUCCAUAAAUACAGUUUGAGACAGACUUCACAAUUCAGAUUUCUGCAUUUUAUUAACUCCCUGGUCUCUUAAAUGGAAAGGAGUCAACAUUAACCAUGUAUUUAGCACAUUUUGUUUCUUGCAGUUUUGAUGUUUGGAAGACAGAAACCCAGCUCUGAUUUUGUGCCAUAAAAUAUAUCAGUUGAGGGUAUGUUUUACAUGAAAUCCCUGGUUGAUAAAACAAAACAGGAUCAGGAAUUUAACAAGCCAUCAGGUAACAUCCUCACUGCAUGUUUGUAUCAAGAAACUGCAGUCCAACCAAGAAUUGUGACAGUAUUGUUCUGCCAGUUUGGAGGAAAAGUGUUUGAUAUAGUGUACAGUGAAUGUAUUGUGAAGUGUUAAGUGCUUUAAAUUAUAUUUUCAUAUGUCUCUGGAGUUCAAAAUUAAAAGUAUAAUCUGUAUAAACAGGCAGACUCAAGGAUCGUUUGGAGAAAUGGUCGAUGUACUGUCUUUCUUCAAAAAGCUGCUUCAUGUCAACUUUUGUUACGUUGAAUAAAAAUUUCUGAUAUUUGUGACUGACAGACCCUGUUUGAUCAACUGUAUCAGGACACGAGUCGGUUUCAAACAGACUUUAUUGGUUUAUAGUAGGUACAUGGAACUCACUUAACAAAUGAGACGUUACUAUGAGUAAAAUAACUUAAUGCUUUAAAAGAGAGGAACAGAAAGAAGGAAGAUCAACAGAAGCUCAGCAUGCACUGAUUAGCUGAUGAUGUUAUGGUUCUUUAAGACACACACAAAAAAAAACAAUUAAAUAAUCAAAACCAAGGAAACCUAAUGAAACACAAACCUAUGUCAUACACAAAGAAUCAAGGCUUUUACAAUAUCAUUGGCUUUAAUUAUUCUAAAAUAGAUGAUCUGAUGAUAUACUGUAUAAUCACUGAAGGUUCUCCCUGACUGCAUACAGUGCACCAAGGCUGCUUUCUAUAAAGAAUGAGCAUAUGACGUGAACAAUGAUGUUUUAGAGGGGAACCAGCUGGUUGGAUGUCUUAAAUGUAAGUUUGGUAAACACGUAUCUCUUUCCCUGAUUCGUUACAUCCUGCAGUCUAACAGCUGAGUCAAUUUAAAGUCAGUAAAUGUUCUUAAAACAGUCUUAUCCACCUAAAAUUAGUCUUAUUAUUAUUCUUCGAUUGAAGGGAAAACUUUCACCUGUAAUAAAAAAGCUCUGAUCAAUAGACAGAUUCAGAGGCCCUGUCCAGUUCACCCAAUUAGAGUAUUUUUUUAAAAUCUCACAUCACUUCAAUGUUUUUCUCUAAGCUGAAGUAACAAAGCGAAAGUCGAUUUAGUCCUAAAGACUGAAUCUUCACACCAUUACAUGCAGAAAAGAGUGCAGAGAGAUUUAUUUCAGUGGCGACAGGAAGUAGGCAGAUCGGAUGUGCUGAUUUUUCCGGUUCUUUAGUCGAAGUUGAGCGGAUGGCCAUCAAAGUGAGUGAGCACAUGAUUCUCAAACACCUUCUGGUCACAGUCCAGCGGGAACUGCUCGCUGCACAUUGGGCAGAUUUUCCAGUGGCUCUCAACAUGCUCCUCGAAUUUGCUCUGGUCGUAGUUUGGUGGGAAGAUCACCUCGCAGAGCGGACAUCGCUUCAUGUCCAUGCUG